AUGAAGAUGCUCCGGGGAGGCUCUUUCUCCAGGGAAGUAACUCCAAACACGGGACGCGGCCGGUUUGAGCCGAGGUUUCCUUUCACCUCUACUCUUCAGAGGGAUUUUAAAGUAACAGGAGCCGAAAGCGUGGGGAAGGAGCUGUUCAUGUGCCGCGCUGGCCGAGCACAGGCACACGGCAGAGAGCCCGCGGCCUCCCCUCCGGGGCCCCGGCCCACCCAGCGCGGGGCACGGCUCGGAGGGCCGCGGCGGAACGCGCUUCCCGCGCAGCAGCGCUUGCGAGGGGGAGGGCGGAAGCGGCGGACCGAGGGGGGCGGAAGCGGCGGACCGGGGAGGGCGGAAGCGGCGGACGGGGGGGGCGGAAGCGGCGGACCGAGGGGCUCCGCCCGGCUGCGCGCUGGGCAGGACCCGGGCGGGACUCGGGCGGAGGGAGCGGGUGGCCCCCGGCGGGAGCCCGGGAGCGGCGAGCGCGUGGGCUCGGCUGACUGCCGGGCGCGACGGGCGGUCUCGGGCUGGUACCACCUGAUUCCCUUCACCUGGGCCCGCAUCGCCAGGCAGACUCCUCGCCUUGGAGACCAGGAAAGGACACCGGCUUCCUUGUUGCGUAAACUGACCACAGCGUCCCCCGGAGGGGGCCUUGAGGAGCGACCCUGUGCUGAACCCAGAAAGCGUGUGCAGGAACCAGAGUGCAGGACACAUCUACCUCAGAGCCUCCUCGAGCAGCAGAGAGCUCCUGUGCGUGGAGGGUCCUUGGAGCGAGAGGAGGUCGUCAGCUUUCUCCUGGACAUGGGGUUCAGUGACGUCCAUGCUAAUGAACUGCUCACUGUGCAACCAGGUACCCACCCGCAACAGCUGCUGGAUAUCGUUUCAGAAUUAAUACUCUUGGGUGUGAAUCCAGAGCCUGUGUAUGUGGCCUUGAAGAAAAGCCCUCAGUUAUUGAAACUGCCUGUAAUGCAGAUGAAGAAGCGCUCCAGUUACCUGCGAAAGCUUGGCCUUGGAGAAGGGAAGCUGAGGAGGGUGCUUCAGUGUUGCCCUGAAAUCCUCACCAUGCGUCAGCGGGACAUUGCCGGCACUGUCCGGGUUCUCCGGGAGAAGUGCCUUUUCACCGUGCAGCAAGUGACCGAGAUUUUGCACAGAUGCCCGUACGUUCUUCGGGAGGACCCUGAUGAGCUGGAAUACAAAUUCCAGUACGCUUAUUUUAGGAUGGGGGUGAAGCACGCGGAUGUGGUGAGGACCGACUUCCUGCAGUACUCCAUCACCAAGAUCAGGCAGAGACACACAUUCCUGGAGCGCCUAGGACGGUACCAGACCCCGGAUAAGAAGGGGCAGACACAGGUCCCCAACCCUCCACUCAAGGACAUCCUCAGAGUUUCAGAAGCCGAGUUUCUGGCCAGGACGGCCUGUUCUUCUGUGGAGGAGUUUGAAGUUUUUAAGAAGCUCUUGGCUCAGGAGGAGGAAGAAGAGUCUGAGCACCGCAUGUCUGGUGACAAAAGCACCAGUGAGGACGAGGAGGACAGGGAGGGGCAGGGGGAGCUGUGACACAGGCACCGGAAGGAGCCGGGCCCGGAGAUGUCAAAGAAACUUCUCGUUUUCUCAGCACCUUUGGGAGCUUCACGUGGAUCCUCUCAGGUUACUUUUCAUUCUAAAACUGGUCUUUGGAUGAAAAAUUAUUAUCAAUCACCUGAGACGUAGUCAGACUAAGGGGAAGGUGUGUUAGUUUGAUGUGUUGUCAGGUCUCUGUUCCUUUAUGAAUAAAAGACUGACUUUGAGCCGUUAAAAUCAGGGGAACUCAAUACAUCAAAACUUGGUUUUAUUUUUCUGUCGUGUAUGUAGGUGAUAAUUUAUGGCAGUGUGGGGGACAAGAUUCCUUCUGGUUCAAGAGUCAUUUCCUGUGUCCUUCUAGUGAUGAAGGUGAAAUUAGGAGAAGGCAGUGAGGUUUUAGUACAUCACAGCACUUUAUUUUAUGAAAACAAAUAGCAGGUUUUCCACACAAAUACUCAUGUUUUUAAUUAAAAAAUAUUGCUUCAUAAUUGCAUUCAGUGUACAGCAGAGUAGAAGGAAGUGGGUUAGUGACACAUGGCUUCAUUCUGCAUAGCUUCUUCGUGCCGGCGACAUGCUGGGGCAGUUUUCUCUGUCUCUGUGAGAAACAGGCCUGGCUCUGGCCCCUGGGAAGUUUGCUGUUGUGCCAGCUUGUGGCCAGUGGGUCACAGCCAGGCCUGCAGUCUCUGGAAGCCAUAGAAUGCCAGCACAGAGGGGCCGUGGAGCUGUCCUCGCCGACCCUUCUGCUCACGUCACAGAGGGGUGUCUGAGACCGGAGGACAGAGCACUUGCCCAGGGUUGGGCAUGGCGGGGCCUGGGGUGGGGGGCUGGUCUUGGGUCAUCCCAGGGAGCUCUCUAUGACACCAGAGGGGAGGAUGUCCCCUUGGGGAGCCCAGUGGGUCUUCGGAGUGCCUGGAAGCGUUGGGGUCAGGGAAUGGAGUUUGAUGUAAGCCAGGGUCACCUCUGAGGUAGAGGCCCAGCCCUAAUGGCAUGAGCUCUGUAACAGAGGGAGGGUUGGUGCGACCUAGGACAUUCUGGGCACCCCUUCCUUGGGGGAACUGGCACAGGACCAGUGCUGCAGAAAACAUGUUUGGUGAUGUGACUAAAAUUCAGGCCUUGGCAGCAUUUUAACAACUACGUGAGACUCCUAGCUCUUGGCCUUCUGUUUGUAGACCACAUAAGAAUUGUGUCAGGCAGCCAUUCUCACCUGGGGAUAAUCUGGGUCCCAGGGAACAUCUGGGACUCUUCUGGUUGUCAGGACCAGGAGAGGGUGCACUUGGGAUCUGGUGGGUGAGGCCAGGUCUGUUAAAUGCCCUGCAGUGCAUGGGACAGUCCCACAACACAUGACCAAGCUCCAGAUGUCAACAGGGCUGAGGCAAACUGCUGUGAGGCCGGGCCUGGCAACACAUGACUGUCGUUUUGUGAGAACUUCAGAUUCAAAUGCCCCGCAUUUAUCGUAUUUGAUUUAAAAGACCAGUAAGUCGCAGGUUUUUUAAGAGUCUCUUCCUCCGUGUCCUGGAGUGCUGUCGAUGGGUUUCAGCUGUAUUUUACUGGAGGAUUCGGUGCUGAAUCAAAAGAAUUCAUGCUUUUUUCUCCAGUCUCAUGUUUGAGCAUGGCCGCAAAGAGAAGGACAUUUUUUGCAAAAGAAAAGGCUCAGUGACUCCCUCCACACGUGGCUGUGGCUUGACAGCAGGAGCAGUUCCAUCUAUGGGAAGGUGCUGGGGUGGCUGGCACCGGGUGGGCCCUGCCUGCUGGGUUCGCAGGUGGGAGGCAGUCGGGGCAGCGUGCAUUUCCUCAUUCGCCUGUGACAGCCCAGGUGCAGCAGAGGAAAAGGGACAUGUGGUCUUCAUUGUCUUUCUUGGCCAUGGACAAAAUUACUUGAAAAUGAAGACAUUUCACUCUGUGCCAGUGUUUUCACUUUCUUGCAUUUUGUGGCAUCUAAGUGCCCGACACUCCCCAGACCUGGACUGUUGUCCUCGUGCCCAGGCGGGCUGAGUGGGCACCUGGUUAGAUGCCCACUGAUUAGAUGAACACUUGAUUAGAUGGCGAGUUCUUCCAAGUUUGGUCAGCAGAUGGUGAGUGCAGCGACUUGUGGUUCCCUCCUCUCCUCCUGACACAAAUAAAUGCUUAUUUGAUUCCGUGA